AGAGAGCCAUAAUGCAACAUGGCGCCGCGCAUCACUGACAUGGGACUAUUUUGACUGCUGCAGAUUUGAAAUCAUAUAAGCUUCAGGAGUGGGUCUUUCAUUCUUUUGUAACAGUGUUCAAUGAGAAACACCCCGGCCAUGCGCUGACCCGAUCACACCACAAACUUGAGCCGGAGCCAUGUGGGUGACCUGUGGCAGAGCUGUCAAACUCCUCCGGAGCCAGCUCCAGCAGUGGCGGCCGCUGUGCCCGCGGAGAGGGCACACACAGUCCGCCAAACCCCCCUGGAGCGUGCUGUUUUUCGGCACUGACCACUUCGCAGUAGAGUCACUCAAAGUGCUGUCGAGCAGUAGAAAAUCCAGUGACCCUGUGGUCCAGACUCUUGAAGUGGUGACUCUAUCGGGUGAUGUCCCUGUGAAAAGGUUUGCCCAUCAGAAUUCUCUCCCAGUGCACAGCUGGCCCCCGGACAUCAGCCAUGGGCAGUUUGAUGUGGGGGUCGUGGUUUCCUUCGGCUGUUUACUUCCACAAAAACUCAUCAGCAAGUUUCCCUUUGGGAUUCUCAACGUGCACCCUAGCCUGCUCCCACGGUGGCGAGGACCAGCACCUAUUUUUCACACCAUUAUGCAGGGAGAUGAGGUCACCGGGGUCACAGUGAUGCAGAUUCGCCCUCACAGGUUUGAUGUAGGCCCCAUCCUCAGUCAGGAAAUUUAUCACAUCCAAAAGAAACUCACCUCAGAUGAACUUGGGGACAUUCUAGCUGUUAAAGGAGCACAGAUGCUUAUAGACACACUGAAGAACUUGUGUGAAAAACUACAGAAUAAGAAGGAGCAGAGUACGACAGGUGCUACAUUUGCCCCCAAAAUUAGCAAAUCUUUAAGCUGGCUGGUGUGGGAGGAGCAGACCGUUGAUAAUAUUGACUGUCUAUCUCGUGCUAUUGGAUCUCGGAUCCCUUUGCGAACAUUAUGGAUGGGGAGGACCGUCAAACUCUUAGAUUAUGUGGGAAGGUGUUACAAUGUGGUGCCAGAUGGUAGUGGAAAACUAGUGCCUGGAUCUGUGUUCUAUCUGAAAGAGUCCAAUAUUCUCAGUGUUCGCUGUAAGGAUGGCUGGGUUGGAUUCCGGUCGGUGCUGCUGAAAAAGCGGCUGACUGCUGCAGACUUUUAUAACGGUUACCUGCACCAAAACAUCAAGACCCCCUCUGGUCAACCUGCUCAUGGCCUGUUCGUCAGUGGAAGGACACUACAGCCAAACCACAAUAAUAAUGAACACAAAGUAAAUGUCACUACCAGGCCUACGUAACUCCACCGAUGUUUUGGAAUAUUUAUUUCAUCAACAUGGACCUUCAUAGACAACUGUUCAUUCACUUGCCAUUAAAGUGAAGGCCCAAUGAAAUGUGCCCAACUGAAUCUGAAACAGGAAGAGCAUUGAUAAUUCUUUGUCAGCAACCAUAUACUAGGUUUAUUCUCUGAAGUUGAACACUGAAUUUGAUUUCUCCAAAUGCAAUUGAGAGGUGACCAUUAGGGCUGCAAGAUGAAUCAUAUGAAUGGAUGCAAUUGUCAGAUCCCAAAGGCUGCCAUUUUUGAACUACCAUCAUAUCUGUUGAUUGUGCAUAAAAACUGCUAACUCUGGUAACUCACAUGUUGUGAAAUGUGAAUCUUGUAUUAGUUUGUCAGUUCAUAUUUCAGUCUUUUUGUCAGUUCUUCUGGAUGCAGUUACAAUAUGAACUUUGAACAGAAUUGUAUUGUAGUAUUAUUAAAACAGAAACUAUAAAUCUAAGAGUAAUUGCAAUUACCGGUUGACAUUUUCCCUAAUCUUUCAACCCUUCUGAACAUUUUUCCAACACUGUACUGUGGCCUAUCAUAUGCUCUUAGCAGAAUGUUUUGCACUAUAUGGGCAUUUUAAACAUGCUUGUGUUGGAUUUUUAUAAUAAAUCUUUCUAAAAGUGUA